AUGGCAAGACAGAACUUAAACCCAGACCAAAAUCAGAACCAAAACCAAAACCAAAACCAGAACCAGAAUCAAAGACAGAAUCAGACCCAGAAAGGGAAUUUGAACCCGAAUGUGAAUUCGAACUGUAUCGAUGAGUUUAACUUGAAAGAAACGAGGCCGAGUUUAGGGGGAGGCAGAGUACCUGGGAAUGAAAGAUUUGGGACAGCUUUUGAUCUUGUUGAGCAAAUGCAUUAUUUGUAUGUAAAAGUUGUGAAAGCAAGAAAUUUACCACCAAAAAGAGGUAAUUCUAUUGACCCUUUUGUUGAGAUUAAGCUUGGUAGUUUUAUUGCUUGUACUAAACAUUUUGAAAAGAACCCGAACCCUGAAUGGAACCAAGUGUUUGCAUUCCCAAAAGACCAAAUUCAAUCGUUAACACUUGAACUUGUUGUGAAACACAAGGAUGAUACAAAUGAGGAUAAUGUGAUUGGUGGGGUUUCAUUUGAUGUUAAUGAGCUUCCGGUUAGGGUUCCACCGGAUAGCCCAUUAGCGGCCCAAUGGUAUAGAUUAGAGAAUAGGAAUGAUGGGGAGUUGAUGGUGGCUGUUUGGAUGGGUACACAAGCUGAUGAAUCUUUUCCGGAUUCUUGGCAUUUGGAUGCUCUUUUGGUUGAUGGUGAUGGGGUUAUGAAUAUAAGAUCAAAAGUGUAUUUAUCGCCUCGUCUUUGGUAUGUUCGUGUACAUGUGAUAGAAGCUCAAGAAUUGCAAGUUAACAACAAUAGGCAGCCCGAGGUUCUUGUGAAAGGCGCGGUUAUGAACAUGGUUUUAAGGACUAAAGUUUUGCCUAGACCGUCAUGGAAUGAGGAUUUGAUGUUUGUAGUAGCCGAGCCGUUUGAUGAACAACUUGUCUUAAGUGUGGAAGAAAAACUUGGUAACAAAGAAGAAGUGAUAGGGAAGUGUUUCAUUCCAUUACAAAAUGUAGAUAAGAGAAUGGAUAAUAGUAUCAUAACUAGUAGAUGGUAUAAUCUUGAGAAACAUACACCCGGAGAAAAUGGGGAUGUAGAUGUGGCAGUUUUGAAUAGCAAGAUUCACAUUCGGGUCUGUUUAGAUGGUGGGUAUCAUGUUCUUGACGAGUUAACUCAGUACAGUAGUGACUUUAGGCCGACUCAUAAGCUACUCAGAUCACCAAGCAUUGGUAUACUUGAACUAGGAAUCUUGAAUGCUAAUGGGUUAACACCGAUGAAAUCAAGAAAUGGGCGUGGGGCUGUUGAUGCUUAUUGUGUAGCAAAAUAUGGGCAUAAAUGGAUCCGAACAAGAACUGUAAUCGAUUCAUUAAACCCCAAAUGGAAUGAACAGUACACUUGGGAAGUAUUUGACCCGUGUACUGUGAUUACAAUAGUUGUAUUCGAUAACAAUCAUUUACAAGGAGUUGACAAUGGUGGUGGAGUUAGAGAUUCAAGAAUCGGGAAAGUAAGAAUAAGGUUAUCGACAUUAGAAACAGAUCGUGUGUAUACACAUUCGUAUCCUUUAAUAGUUUUACACCCUUCUGGUGUGAUGAAAAUGGGUGAAAUCCAGCUUGCAGUUCGGUUUACUUGUGUCUCGUUGGUAAACUUGUUGCAAAUGUAUUCACAACCAUUGCUGCCAAAUAUGCAUUAUAUACAUCCAUUGAGUAUUUUUCAACAAGAUUGUUUGAGGCACCAUGCGACUCAGAUAGUGUCUAUGAGGUUGAACCGGGCUGAGCCACCAUUAAGAAAAGAGGUGGUUGAGUACAUGCUUGAUGUGGGUUCGACAAUGUGGAGCUUAAGAAAGAGUAAAGCUAACUAUUCUAGACUCAUUGAGGUUCUUUCUGGUUUGGUUUUCUAUUGCAAAUGGUUUAACAAAGUUUGCAACUGGACUAACCCAUUUUUAACAGUUCUUGUGCACGUUUCGUUUGUGUUUCUUGUUUUCAACCCGCAAAUGAUCAUGAUCUUGAUGCUGGUAUACUUUAUAGCGACCGGGAUUUCUAGAUAUCGAUCUAGACCAAGACAACCACCUCACAUGGAUAUCAAACUAUCUCAUGGUGAUCAGGUAAAUGGUGACGAAUUAGAUGAAGAGUUCGAUACUUUUCCAAGUUCCAGAAGAGGUGAUAUGUUAAAAUUGAGGUAUGACCGGCUUCGCAGUGUGGGGUCCAGGAUUCAAACUGUGAUUGGUGAUGUGGCAACACAAGGAGAGAGGAUUCAGAAUUUGGUUACGUGGCGGGACCCUCGUGCCACGGCUAUGUUUUUGUGGUUCUGUUCCAUUUUAGCUAUUGUACUUUAUGUGGUUCCAGUUAAAGUUGUGGUAGUUGUGGUUGGGGGGUUUGUGUUGAGGCAUCCAUCACUCCGUAAUCGGGUCCCUUCAGUGCCUAUGAACUUUUUCAGAAGAUUGCCCGCGAGAACAGAUGGGUUAUUGUGA